AUGGUUCCCUUGGAGGUGAGGAUUUGCGAAAAUUAUCGUUGUUUUGUAUUUAUUGUUGUAUCAGUGCACACCUUAUGCGAUUGUUAUAAUAAAGUUCGUAUAUAAUGCGUGCUGUCAUUGGUUGAAAGAGCGUGCUCUGUCAGAGUACAAAACACCGAGCUGAGCUAAAGCUGUCACGCCAUCUCCCAAUUUGUACUAUGUCCGAAUUUCUCGGACUUCUUUGUAACUUUUUUUUCGUUAAUUGAAAGUGAAAUUUCGGAAUAAGCGAGUCGGCAAGUAGCAACAAAAGAACCAGAUAAAGGUUUGUAAACAUACCAAGCGCCGUAAUUGAGGUUAGCAGAGACGAAAAUCCUCAGAGAGAAAACAAAAUUGUCUGUCCGAAUUUUGAAGGUUUUCAAGCUUAGUUAAAUUGUAAACUUACGUACCGUAAUAAAGGUUAAACACAGCCAACUCUCGCUUAGUAUAUACAGUUUCGUGUUAAAAAACAUAAGAGAACAAACAGGAAUGAUGAAAAAUAUAACCAAACUGGCAUAUAGGCAUGACCGUGUCAGAGCGACUACAAUCGUACUGAGGUCUAUCGCGGCUAGCUCGUCAUGGCGAUCUCCGGUCAUCGUAGUGAAGCCAGCCUCAGAAAUUACGUCGGCCGUCCUUCGAGUGAACAGUUAAGAGCUUGCUCUGAUAUCCUUUCCGAUGCGUUGAGUGGAAGGCCUCAUCAGUCGCAGCAGCCGAGUUUUUACGGCACUGUUAUCCCGAACAAUCUUCAUUUUCCCGUGAAUUCAGCUGUCGUUCAUUCAUAAAACUCACGCCUUGAGCAAUUUGUUUUCUAAUUGUCAUGUGAAAAAAAAUUGCAUAUUUUUCUGAGCCACGAUUCGGCCGGAUUUCUCUGAACAUUCUACUUUCAGGCUCUAUUUAAAGUCUGAAAAACUUCAGGCAAAAGUGCUAAAUUCGACCCGCCGAACCAUUUCACUUUGAUCGUUUGGCAUUUUCGACAGCUUUAGUCUUGUUCAACCAAUCGGAUUAUAGGAACUUUUCUGACUCUUUUCUGGCUUAUUGUGGUGUGCUUUAUUAGAGUAUAGAGCAUGCUGACGACAUUGUUACUCGCUUUGGAAAUGUAGUUUUCUUUGAAAAUUAAAAGUAAUGCGUGGGGAAUUUAAUAAACUCUUUAUCAAAAACACCCAAGAAGAGGGGAGAAACACUGACUGUGGUUCAUUCAUGAAACACUCGCGUUGAGCAGUUUGUUUUCUCAUUGUCACUACACUUCUUAUACGCCUUACACUUCUUUCUUGCUCUAGUCGCUUCCUGCGUGCUUUACAACAGAACGGAGCGCAGUCAACGCUUCUCUAUUUGUUAAAUAUACUUAUUCAGGUGGCUCUCUGUCAUAUGCAUGUUAUGAUGGUAUAAUUGCAUCGGAAUUCUAUUGCAAAAUCCGAUGAAUAUAUAUAUAUAUAAAUAUUAUGAGAGGAAAAACGACGCAACUACAUAUCCCGACAAGCCUGUUUCGUGAAUCGCUUCACUCUUUAAACCCCUGAAGAGUGAAGCGAUUCACGAAACAGGCUUGUCGGGAUAUGUAGUUGCGUCGUUUUUUCCUCUCAUAUUAUUUAUUCUGCUCUGCUUCAACGUAUUGAGCACUGUUCCACGCGAAAAUCGAUUUGCAGACUUCCUAUAUAUAUAUAUAUAUAUAUAUAUAUAUAUAUAGUAUAUGCAGUGUUCGUGACGCCACAAAUUGCUGUUUGCUAGGGGGCAGAGCUUGUUUUGUUUGAAUCUGAUCGAGAGUUUCCGGAGGAUGUGCUGUUUGCAUCUGCCAGCUUCGAGGGUCUGAACACUGUUGAUGUUGAAAGGGUCAAGAAUAACGAACUUCUUGGAAAGUGGAUUCCACGUAUGUUGAUUCUUACUGCUUAAUAAUAGCCGAAAAAUUGGCCUCAAGUUGUUCUUAACUUGUGCGGAGACAAAUGAAAUGUUUAGCAUGUGUGUUGUCGUGGUUAUUAGAGUUUUAUUAGGAGCUUUGACUUCAAACAUCUUUGAUCAGUACUUUUUUUUUUGUAAUUACAAGUGGAAGUGAUUUUGCAUGGUACAUUUACUAAUGUUGGUGUGACCGAAGUAACACGUAUUCUAGUUCUAUGCUUACUUUAUUUGAAAUCCACACCCCAACAAUACUGGACAUAAGUUUAAAGAAUAAAAAAACAAGCAAAAAUGUGCGAAAACAAACGAGAAACACACAAAUAAAUGAGUGAUUCUAAGAUUUAAAAGAAAAAAAAAUAACGUCAAGAAAUAAAAAGAUUAUGACAACGUAAAGGACAUGCAUUUGAGACUUACAUUGUAUCGUAAUUUCCCCGUUUUGGCUGAACACGAGGUAUUAUAUACGUAUUCUCCACAGUUUUAUUUGUGAUGAUUAUUAUUUUUGUGUGGUUUUGGUAUUAUAGCUGCCAGGAAGCCAGACUGGGUCAAGAUUCUUUUAAAAAGACCUGAUGGUAGAAAGUUAGGCGAAACAAAGAUUAAGUAUUAUGAUGAAGAUGAUGAGGCCCUCAAACGGGUCAUUAAAAACCCUAAGCUACAGGCGCGCGUUUUUCGAAAUCAUGCUGAACGUUUGGAUAACACUGCAACAGUCAGUGGCGGUGAAGCACAACAUUUUGGAAUUUGUGGUGAGUGACGCACCUUAUUGAUUACUUCUAAAUUUCAUGAGAACUACCCGAGUACUACUGCAUGUGUUCUCAACAGAUGCAAAUGAAAGUGAACAUCCUAAAUGGUUGAAUUUUUUAAAAAGAUGCGGAAGAUUAUGCAAGGCUCGAAUCUUGAAUCAUUGCUAACAUCAUAGCCAGCUGUGCAGGCGUCUUAUUAGUCCGAUCGUUUGCUUUAUUUGGAGUUAGACUCGAAAGUGGGGAGAGGGGGCGGGGAAAGGCGGAAAGAAUACUUAUUGCCCCACCCCCUCCCCUCUCCUCCCUUCCUUCCGUCGCUCACCUCCUUGGUACAUUUCUUCAAGACAUUUCUUUUUCUCCCCUAACCUUCCCUUGCUAUAAAAUCAAAGAUGGCAACUAUAAUUUUAAGCAAGAUAAUACUGAGCCCUCGGCCGCCAAAAUUACGCUUGCUUUGCAGGCUACUAACAUCAUAGUCAAGCUUACAAUCUCGCGAUCUAUCAGUCAGUCAAUCAAUCAGUCAGUCAGUCAAUCAGUCAAUCAAUUUUUACAAAUCAUGCAUCAUUUAUACCCUUCAUAUGUAUCCUUGUCAUAUAUUGCACUGUAAUACUGAAUAUCAUUCUUUGAAAAGAUUUGUACCUUUUUCAGAACAAAUUUUAAGAACUGUCUUGGUUGCUCUCUUACUAGUAGUUGGAUCUGACCGGCUGGACCAGUCAAUUCAAAAGUUAAUAGUUUUGUUUUCUCAAAAUGGUUCUUUGAUUUUAUCAGAGUCAUUAGCAGAAAAUUGAAUUCAAAUUUAGCAUUAAAACUGUUCCGGCCAGAGAGUUUUGUCCAAAAGAGCAAUUUGAUUAUGUGUUAACAACAACACUUUUUUAGGUUCCACACAGCCAGUUCAGAUGCUAUGCGCCUUAGUAUACGCUGCAGCAGAAAUUGGUAGUCAACAAUUCAUUGAAAUGAUCUUCAAAUCGUCUGCCGGAAGAGUAGUUUUUGACUUUUACGGAGACAGGUCACCUCUUCCUGAAGCCAUUUCCAGAGAGUAUGGACAUGAGAAGACUGCAAUUUAUCUGGAGGAGAUAACUAAAAGGUACGUAGCUGUUCUUUAUUUUAUAAUGAAUUGGAUAAAAAAGCAACUAAGAUUGCAAAAAGAUUGGAGUUAUACAUCGCGGUAAUACACGAUAUUAGAGACAAUUAGAUGCGACGUUUGUUUUAAGACUGUUGUGGUGAGUUUAUUUUGCCACUCAGGUUGACCUACGUUAGUUUCUUUUUUUGUUUUGUUUUUAAAUGAUAGUGAGCUUCUUUAGGUUAGUUAACUUAUUUAACGCUUUUCUCGCGAGAGAUUUGAUCACCAUUAACACUAUGUCUCUGACGAAAGUGAUUCGAGUUCUAGAUGUGUAAUUAUCCUUUCCCAUGCUUGUGUUGAUUGUCCUCGACCUAACCUGAGAUUUUUUCAUAUCCAGCGAGAGGCUAUAUGAGGAACUAGGCUACUUUUCCAUCAUUCAUUGAGUAGUAAAAGGAGAAUGACAAAAUCAUGUUGUGGCGCUUUUAUAUUUGAUUGUGAAGCUUUAACCUACGUUUCUAAAUCGUUGAAAGAUUUGAUACGAAGUAAGUCAUUUCGCAGAAAAAAAAACACUAAAAGAAAAAAAAAUGAUGUAAAUUAAUAAUGUGGUCGCACUCAUUCGUGGAAAGGCUAUAAAUCAAAUAAUUUCGCGAUAUCUUCAUAUAUUUAAGCUCUAUGUACUUUCUGCCGAUGAAUAAGCGUAGCUAACGCUAUGUCUUGAUCUGAUAAUGCGACUUAUGCUGUAUAGGCCGUCGCCAUUUGAGUUAAUGUCGAUCUAAUUGAACUUUUAAAUGUAGUCAUUGCUCAUGCAGUCAUUUUUGAGCUGCAUCGUAAGGUUUCGAUCGACUGCUUUUUGCGAUCCUUAAUGUGUCUCAAGCAAUUUUAAAUACAGUUGUCGAAACAUGUUUGUGCUGCUUAGAUUUUCUGCAGAGGCCAGCGAAGCCCAAAACUACCCUCAGACAAUCGACUGGUCUGAGCUUGUGAGAGCUGCGGAGGAAGCACAAAAGGAGUCUGGUGAGAAAACAGCUUUAAUACUGCUGAUCUAGAUUAUGCUGUUUAUGUAAAGGUAACCGUGGCUCGUUAAGAUCUUAGAGGAGGGUGAUGUAUGAGCAGUUACAUAUUAUUUCUUUCAAUUUUGUGCUUUUACCAAAUAGGACUUAGCACUGUAGAAGAUAGCAGUGAUGCUGUAAAGAACACUGGUUAUUUGGGAGACAUCGACACCUCGUCCAACGAAUCUUGCGAGAGUGUUUGCUCCGAGUCUGAAGAUAACAUUCCUCUGGCGACUUCUAAAGGUACCCUGUGAUCAUGUUUUUUGUCAUAAAAGUUCAUAAGCAGUAAAUUUUUUAAACUAAUUUACUUGUGGUUGCUGUGACAAACAUUAGCCAUUCGCGUCGAAAGAAUUUACGCGUCUGCGCUGCUAGGUAAAAAAUGAAUAGAGUAUGGAAUUACCUGUUGUACAGUUAGGCAACUCAUAAUUAUAGGCUUUCACUGUUAUCGUCUAAAAAAGAGUUAUUUUUAGCUCACUCAUGCUGAAAGCAAUGAAUGAGGUACUGUAGUAAAGCAGAUGUUGACGGAAGUUGUCGACCGUGGACAGAAGUUGUAUUCCGUAGACGGAAGUUGCAUUGUGGACCGUGAAGGGAAGUAAUCUUGCAUGCUACCCCUCCCUACUUAGCGAAAGUCAAACUUAAUUUCGAUGAAGCUCAGAAACCCACGUGGAAAGAAAUAAAAUGUUCGUAUGGUCUAAUAAAAAUAAUAACCUCAAAUCACAUUUCCGAACCUCUAAAAAUGCAACUUGAACCGAGAAGCCGAAAUGUUCACACCUAGGGGACCCGUAGCGGGUUCAUUUCAACACACACUGUGAUCACACAGAAGAGCAUCAAAGGCAGCCAUACUGGUAAACCGCGCAUUUGCGUUCGUCUUCAGUUGGUAUAAAGUAAUCACUGCUCUAUCAUUAUGCAUGUCCACGGGAGCUCUUUAACAUACCGUGCACACAUCAAUAAAACACAUCUUGAUCACAAUCGUUCUUAACAUAAUUUCAAGCCUUCAUAUUUUCUUCUCACUAUGCACGCGAGUUGGUUGGUGAGAUGUCUGUACAGAACUUACCAAUUUAAUGAAAGUAGAUGUAGAUUUAAAUGAGAUGUCACUAUUACAUGUUUAACGCGCGAAAUAUUCGAGAAACAAUCGACAGCUUUGCACGUGGCCCAUACGUUUCAUCUUUUAACCGAUAUUAGUUCAUUUUGUUGGCAAAAAUGUGGACAGAGACCAAAACUGUUGCUUCGACUUGAUAUAUUUUCAAUGUUCAGGGGUGUACGCACUGAUUUUCACUUAUAUUGUUAUUGGCUGGCUUACAUGAGGACCGGCGAAUUUUUAUAGGGAAAAGCAAAUCGUUGAUUUCGUGACUGGUCAUUUGUUUACUUUUCUGGUGAUUUUAUCCUCAUCUGUUGGUGACUAAGCAAACAAUGAUAUGUGAAAAUCAGACGAUAUGCAGCUUGAAAUUCUGUUAAGAACGAUUGUAGCCGCUUGGUUAAACUCUGAAACCACAUGCGAUGGCCGCUUUAUUAAAAACAAAAGACGUCAAGAAACGGGCUAGGAAUAUUUUACAGGGUUGUGAAUAUAUGGAAGUCAUAUAUUUGAACUGCGGUUAAAGACGUGGAUAUGAAAGCGAUCUUCGUAGUUAUGAACACUACUUAAGCAGUAGUGGAAAGAAGGCCUGGAAAAAUUCAGGCCUGUACGGGAUUUGAACUCAUGACCUCUGCGAUAUCGGUGCAGUGCUCUACCAACUGAGCUAACAAGCCAACUGGGAGCUGGUUUAUGUGUUGGUUCAAAAUAUACCCGUGAAGUGGUGAAUAUACGGUUGUGAAUAAACGGUUAUGAAUAUAUGAAUUUUUUUCAGGCCUUCUUUUCACUACUACUUAAGUAGUGUUCAUUACUGCGAAGAUCGCUUUCACAUUCACGAAUAUUUUACAAUACUGCAAAUGAUCGUGAAAGAUGAAGGUUACCAAUAUUUUGCUGGUAGAGGAACAAUUAAUGCCUGAUUAUGCCCACCCAGCCCAUCCUCCGCCCCACACACACACACACACACACUAACAAAAAGGACACUGUCUGCCUAAUGACCUCUGCCCUUCCCGCUUCCAACCCACACAACCUUUUUUCCAGUUCCCAUCACGACGAAUGCACAAGUGUUCUUAUCACAUAACUGCCCAAGAAUAAAAAAAAAUUUUCAAAAGUCUUGAAAGUUCGCAUAAACCGAAUUCAACUGUAUAUUCAACAAGUCCAAGAAAUCAAUACAAACUUACGCCAUAACAUGAAUGAGCUGGCUACAAGAGGCCUUUGAUUUGAUUUUCCCUUAAUUCCAUUUCAUUGGGAAAAAUAGUAUCGUUAUGACUAUCAAAACCCUUUCACGGAACGUAAGUUUUUGAUUGUCAUCGGCCAUAGUCAUGGUCAUAGUUGACGCAACGUAUUUCACUUCUUUUUCCUAAAUAGAAAUGGAUAAUCUAGCCGAUGGGCUCAGUAAGAUUGGAUUGGUACACAAAGAUCAGGAGUUUGGAAUCAAGGAGGCAGCUGUGAACCAAAGCCCGACGUCUUUUUGUACAGAUGGCCAUUUUAACAGAGCGCAAGUAAAUUCUACAGUGUUCAAAAUAGUUGUGUUACCGACCUUAGAAGGAUGGCAACUCUCCCUUUUACAAGAUAACUUCAUUCGAGAGGCCUACAGCUUGAAACACCUUAGAAGUCUCAAUCGAUGGGAUUCUUCUUUUUUCCUGGGCUCAGAACAGGAAAUUAUCCAUUGUCAUUUAAUCACGGAGUAUGAAAGGUGGUGCCACCUGUUUAAAUGCAUGAAAGACGGCAAUUUAUACAGCCAAACGUUUGCAGCUGAAGUUGGACACUUUGUAGAACAAGUUAAUCAGGAAACCCAAGCUGUUAUGAUGGGAGCCUCCUUUAGCUGCGUUGAAGACCUUCCUUACAUACAACCAACAAGGGGUGAGGAACUGAUCGUAUGUGUAAUAAUUCAGUCUAAUUUAACUUAGGGAGAAUCAUUCUCACUCUGAAAUGAAGCAAUUGAUCGGCCUUACAUCUGCCAAAGUCCUGAACUUGAGUUUUUAUUAUCAUUAUUAUUUUUUUUUUAUAGAACUCGUAACAACGUCAGAUAAUCCGGGGUUAGCUGUUCAAUGGAAUUCGACUCAAGGGUCAACAAAACAUUGUACUACUUCCGAUUUAUGGGUGUUGACUUGUCUGUGCCGUCCAGCGAGGAAUAUUUUGUUUGUAUAUGUAAGUGUCAAACAAGUGUAAAUACUCGUCAUUUCGUUACUUUUCUCUCUUAAAAGUGAAGGGAAUUUCAGCUUUUUAACAUUACUCUUGUUUCAAGCUGUCAGUCAAGUGUUUUUAUUCCGCACUGGAAUUAUACGUACCGGACUUCUAACACUCGACUGACAACAACACUUCACUGAUGAUGACUUUCGCUCAGGUUGUCGAAACAUCAGUCAUUAAUACCAAAACAGUCCUUCUCAGGAAGGGACGAUCAGAAUACACUUCAGAUGGUACCCUUGGGUUCAAAUCCUUUUACUGUAAAAGGCUAUCUGCCAAGAGAUAAACGACCAGUGUAUUGACCAUACGCUUUCUCGUGAAAAAAAAUUGAAGGUAAGGCGCUGGUAAAUGUACGGUUAGCUUUAAAGUCUCUUUGCUUUUUGGUUUUGAGGUUGCAGACAACGGUGAUGUUUUGCCUCAAAAAGCGUAUUUCGAUGAUGACAGAUACGAGUUGUCAGUCCAGUACUGGCAGUGGCAGAGAUACUGCAGCAGUUUGUUUGAUGUCCAAAAUAGGCUACAAGAAAUGCGAAAACUAUCAGGUACUUAUUGCUCCGGGUUUACCUGGAGUUUUAUGAUUCGCUUCUUGGUGAGGUUCUGAGUUGUUCUCAGGCUUAUAUAACACGAUUCUAAUUGUGCAAUUUUUUUCCUAAAUCAUUUCUUAAUUUGACGAUAAGUUUAUUGAUACAUAUAACGAGUUCUUUAAUUUGAGUUAUUGUCCUUUUAUUGUUAGAGGAAAUGAGACAAGAAUUCGGCCCAACCCCUCUUCCAACAUACAACGCAAAGGUAUGUUUGUGGUUUUCAGUGAGAUUAAGGAUUUUGGUGGCUUUGAUAUGUAUUACUUACAGCAAUUUAUAAGCUGCAAAGAAGGCGAAAGAAUCUCUCAGUCAUGUGUUGAGAUGUAAGAUAUAGAAAUCACAAUGACGCGCAUGGUGUAUGAACGAUACGUUUCUUCACGACAGAUGUUGCCUCAAGUGCAAGGCAAGCACGUGUUACGCCAUAUUGAAUGCUUUCCUACUUGGUUGUAUACCAUGAUACAUCAAUGCUGGGUCCAUGCUCCAUUGGAAAGGCCACCUUUCAUCGCCAUAUUUGAUGGCAUCUCGUCGAGGUUAGUCAUCAUAAAUAACUCUAAGCAUCGCACAAUUGAAAAUUAGAACUUGGUGUAUCUCUCACGCAACAUCUCGCGUGAUUCAAUGACGAAGGUACCACCGUUCGCUUUUGAAGUAUAUAAGUACAAUCGUCGCAGGAACAAACUCUCCCGGAAAAUUCGAAGAAAUCUAAUUUAAACACAUGCCUGAUCGCUUGGUUCAUCUGCUUGAAACUUUUGGCAUCAAAUAAGGGGAAGGAAAACCUCAGUUUUCUCGAUCCUUUUUGCACUUCUAACCUCCUAGAAGUCACACAACCUGUCUGGUGCUCUAAAAGAAAGUUGUCUUUAAAAAAGAACAAACCAAACGAAACAAAACGAAAACAGGAUCUGAACUUUUUCAUCACCAACCAAUUAAGAGGAAUUUAAGUAACCAUUGAGAUCAUGGGUACAUUUAUGAGAUAUAAAACUUCGUUUAAAUUUGUGAUUAAAUGAUUAAAUUUAAAGGCUUAAACGUAAUCAAAGUUAGCCAAACAAGGUAACACCCUCUCGGAUGUUACAGCAAAAUUAAUUUUUCUUUGAUUGAACAUACCCUUCAUCACUAGGUCCUGAAGUACGGACCUCGCUGAGCUGAGCCAAGCGGUUUCCCGGCCGGGUAACCUCCACUCAAUCAAUAAGUACAUAUUAUUUUCCUUGUAGGACACCAGGGAAGAGCUUAAUAGUGACUUGGUUAAGUCAGUAUAAACAUGGAAAGUCUUUACCCCUGAAUAAAUACCAGUCAGAGGAUCCUUGCCUUGUAAACGAUAAAACAAAUCCUCCAUCCUCAAACAUCAACGUGACCUAUUACCGCAGCGAAAGAAAGGAAAAGUUAUAUGAAGAACUCUUUCUUGGUGAUCAUGAAAGUAAUGUGGUCUGCAUUGACAAUUACCUCUUACUUCAAGAAUGGAUAAACAAUGAGGAAGAACUUCCAUUGAUAACAGCACAUCCCCCUUCUAAAAUCUUCCACGGAGUCAGCAAAGAAAUGGGAGACGCCCAAAACGAGGUUAAUGUCAAAGCUUCAUCCAUCUGUCCGCCUGGUUAUAAGCGGAUAUCAGGAAAACAGAAGAUUGGUUUGCACUACAGCGAGGCUCGCAGCCUUUCUGCAACUAGAUGCUUAAGGAAACGCCCUGAAGAAACACGAAAACGUUUGGCGAAAAGCGCGUCACAAACUGCCUUCAUCCUUACAAUCGACAAAGACGAUGAAAAUCCGGAUGGAGACUUAAGAAAAAGCCUGGGUGAAGGUUUAGCGAAGAGUACUUCAUCAACUGAAUUCAAUCUUACAAUCGACAAAGACGGCAACAAUGCGGAUGGAGACUUAAGAAAAAACCUGGGUGAAGGUUUAGCGAAGAGUACGUCAUCAACUGAAUUCAACCUUACAAUCGACGAAGACGGCAACAAUCCGGAUGGAGACUUAAGAAAAAGCCUGGGUGAAGGUUUAGCGAAGAGUACGUCAUCAACUGAUUUUAACCUUGCAAUCGAGAAAGACGGCAACAAUCCGGAUGGAGACUUAAGUAAAAGCCUGGGUGAAGGUUCAGCGAAAGCUACGUCAUCAAUUGCUUUCGUCUCAACAAUGAAUAGUAAACACGGAUAUCUGCUUGAAGACCGUGGAAUAGACCUGGGUGAAGGUUUGGCUAAGAGUGCUUCAUCAACUGCUUUUACCCUAACAAUCAACAGCGUCAACGGGAACCUUGGUGAAGAAUGGGGAAAAAGCUUCGGUGAGGGUUUGGCUAAGACAACGUCACUAACUGCUUUCACCCUGAAAAUCAAUGGCAUACACCAAUGCCUGCUUAAAGACUGGAUAAAAGGCCUGGGUGAAGGUUUGGCCGAGAGUACAUCAUUAACAGCUUUCACCUUAAAAAUCAAUGGCUUCAACGGAUGCGUGGGUGGAGACUGGGGAAAAGGCCUGGGUGAAGGUUUGGCGGAGAGUACAUCAUUAACAGCUUUCACCUUAAAAAUCAAUGGCUUCAACGGAUGCGUGGGUGGAGACUGGGGAAAAGGCCUGGGUGAAGGUUUGGCUAAGAGUACGUCAUUAACAGCUUUCACCUUAACACUCAAUGGCUUCAACGGAUGCGUGGAUGGAGACUGGGGAAAAGGCUUGGGUAAAGGUUUGGCUAAAAGUACGUCAUUAAAAGCUUUCACCUUAAAAAUCAAUGGCCUCAUCGUAUACCUGGAUGGAGACUGGGGAAAAGACCUGGUUGAAGGUCUGGCUAAGAGUACGUCAUUAACUGCCUUCACCCUAAUAAUCAACAGGAAACACAGUGACCUGGGUGAAGACUGGAGAAAAGGUCUGGGUAAAGGUAUAACGCAGAGUGCGUUAUCAACUGAAUUCAAUCGUACAAUCGACAAAGACGGCAACAAUCCGGAUGAAGACUUAAGUAAAAGCCUGGGUGAAGGUUCAGCGAAGACUACGUCAUCAAUUGCUUUCGUCUCAACAAUGAAUAGUAAACACAGAUAUCUGCGUGAAGACCGUGGAAUAGACCUGGGUGAAGGUUUAGCGAAGAGUACGUCAUCAAUUGCUUUCACUUCUAAAAUAAACGGUAAAUACGGCCACUGGUGUAAAGACUGUGGAAUAGGCCUGGUUGAAGGUUUGGCUAAGGGUGCUUCAUCAGCUGUAUUUACCCUAACAAUCGACAGCGUCGACGGAUACCUUGGUGAAGACUGGGGAAAAGGCCUGGGUCAAGGUUUGGUUAAGACAACGUCAUUAAAUGCUUUCACCCUAACAAUCAACAGAGGACACAAAUACCUGCUUAAAGACUGCACAAAAGGUCUGGGUGAAGAUUUGGCGGAGAGUACAUCAUCAACUGCUUUCACCUUAACACUGGAUAAAAGUUUGGCUGAGAGUACGUCAUUAACUGCUUUCACCCUAACAAUAAAUAGCGGACACCGAUUCCUGCAUAAGGACUGGGGAAAAGGCCUGGGUGAAGGUUUGGCGGAGAGUACGUCAUUAACUGCUUUCACCCUAACAAUGAACAGCGUCGACGGAUACCCGGGUGAAGACUGGGGAAAAGGCCUGGGUGAAGGUUUGGGUAAGAGUACGUCAUUAACUGCUUUCACCCUAACAAUCAAUAGCGGAAACGAAAACCUGGGUGAAGACUGGGGAAAAGGCCUGGCUGAAGGUUUGGCGGAGAGUACGUCGUUAACUGCUUUCACCCUAACAAUGAACAGCGUCGACGGAUACCCGGGUGAAGAAUGGGGAAAAUGCCUGGGUGAAGGUUUGGCUAAGAGUACGUCAUUAACUGCUUUCACCUUAAAAAUCAACAGGGAACACGAAUACCUGCGUGGAGACUGGGGAAAAGGCCUGGGUGAAGGUUUGGCGGAAAGUAAUUCAUUAACUGCCUUUACCUUAACAAUCAAUAGCGUCAACGGAUGCCUGGGUGGAGACUGGGGAAAAGGCCUGGCUGAGGGUUUGGGGGAGAGUAAGUCAUUAACUGCUUUCACCCUAACAAUUAACAGCAAACACGGUUGCCUGCAAGAAGACUGGGGAAAAGGCCUGGGUGAAGGUUUAGCGAAGAGUACGUCAUUAACUGCUUUCACCCUAACAAUAAACAAUGACGGCGGAUGUUUGCAUGGAGACUGGGGAAAAGGCCUGGGUGAAAGUCUGGCGAAGAGUACGUUGUUAACUGCUUUCACCCUAAAAAUCAACAACAAAUUUUCUUGCCUUGAUGGAGACUGGGGAAAAGGCUUGGGUGAAGGUUUAGGGAAGAGUACAUCAUUAAUUGCUUUCACCCUAACAGUCAUCGGCAAAGGCGAAUGCCUGCGAGGAGAUUGGGGAGAAGGUCUGGGUGGAGGUUUGGCAGAGAGUACGUCCUUAUCCGCCUUUACCCUAACAAUCAACAGCGUUCGCCACAACCUGAGUGGAGACUGGGGAAGAAGCCUGGGUGAAAGUUUGUCGAAGAGUAUGUCAUUAACUGCUUUCACCCUAACAAUGAACAGCGUCGACACAUGCCUGUUUGGAGACUGGGGAGAAGGCUUGGCUAAAGGUUUAGCGAAGAGUAGUUCAUUAACUACUUUCACCCUAAAAAUCAACAGCAAACGCCUAUACCUGCGUGGAAACUGGGGAAAGAGCCUGGGUGAGGGUUUGGCGAAGAAUACGUCAUUAACUGAAUUCACCCUAUUAGUUAACAACUACGGCGGAUACCUGUGUAUAGAUUGGGGAGAAGCCCUGGGUAAAGGUUUGGCGGAGAGUAAGUCAUUAACUUCGUUCACCCUAAUAGGCAUUAUGGACAUAUGC